GAUGAUUUUUGAGAAUCAGAAGACUCUUAAAAAAACGAUAUGUGGUGGUAACAAAAUUUCUGGUUUUUAGGGCAAGGAAUGUUGUCUUGAUACCUUCAUACCUUCUGAGGCAGCCUUUCAUUCAGAAGAGGAUUUAACAUCUCACUUUGCCCAGUAGUCAGCUGGUGGCCUUCCACACACAGUAGGUACUACAUAACUUUUCAAGAAAUGCUGACUUUUAACACAAUUAAACAUGAAUAGUCAUCAAGCUGGAUUCAAUGACUUUUUGUGGAAAAAAACUCAUGGAUGAGCAUCUGGCUGACUUCAGCCCUUAGUGAAGGCCUGAGGAUUUAAUGUGCUAUACAGGAAUUUAACUGUGCUAUUUCUAUUUAGUGUGUAAACCAAGCUUAGUGUCAUGAUCAGAAGCCUGAAACCUAAGCAGUUUGGCCCUGGGCACCCACUCUCAGCAGGCAGCACUGUCUCAGUUGGAGGAAUUGCUUAGGAAGAAGGGGAGCUGAUGGGUUUCUGUAGCCAUUUUUCAUGGCACAUAGUAAUGGGGAAGGCAGGUGGUAACUUAGUUGCUAACACUUCUUUCUACAACUCUUGGGACUUCAGAGGGAUUUCAUUUGUAGGCGAGUUAAAGAGUCAACAAAGCAAUUUGGAGUACUUUUCCAAUGAAUCCUGUGAAAAGGCACCUUGUAAAAGCAACUGGAGACAAACUAGCUUUGUAGCAUUUUUUGUUUGUUUGUUGUGAAAUACUAAGCUGGUUUUAAGGGGGCCACUUCUGAAUUCAGUAGUCUUGAGAUUUUCAUUUUCUGUGGCCCUAGGGAUGAGAGGGUGGUAACUCCAGUCACCCUGGGGCCAGCUGUGUAUAAACAAGCAUUCAACAAAAUGCUCUUGGAGGGUAAGAAUAAUGCCUUCAGGUUUUUAAUUUGCCUUUUUUCUUAUUUUGUCCACAGCAACCAUUAUUGCAUGUCCUGUGACUAAAAAAUUGGGAUUUUAACUUGAUUAUUAUGCCUUUGGAGAUGGACCCCAAAAUGAGCAAACUGGCCUUUGGGUGUCAGAGAAGUUCCACCUCGGAUGAUGAUUCGGGCUGUGCGCUGGAGGAAUACGCCUGGGUCCCCCCCGGCCUUAGACCAGAGCAGAUCCAGCUCUAUUUUGCAUGCUUGCCAGAGGAAAAGGUUCCGUACGUGAACAGCCCUGGAGAGAAGCAUCGGGUUAAACAGCUUUUAUACCAGUUGCCACCACAUGACAAUGAGGUGCGGUAUUGCCAGUCUUUGAGUGAAGAGGAGAAGAAAGAAUUGCAGGUGUUCAGUGCUCAGAGGAAGAAAGAAGCUCUCGGGAGAGGAUCCAUUAAACUCUUGUCCAGAGCAGUAAUGCAUGCCGUGUGUGAGCAGUGUGGAUUGAAGAUAAACGGAGGGGAAGUUGCAGUGUUUGCCUCUCGUGCAGGCCCUGGUGUGUGCUGGCACCCAUCCUGUUUUGUCUGUUUCACGUGUAAUGAGCUGCUAGUCGACCUCAUCUAUUUUUAUCAGGAUGGAAAAAUUCACUGUGGCAGGCAUCACGCAGAACUGCUCAAACCCCGGUGCUCAGCAUGUGACGAGAUAAUUUUUGCUGAUGAGUGCACAGAAGCUGAGGGUCGCCACUGGCACAUGAAACACUUCUGCUGCCUUGAGUGUGAAACCGUCCUGGGAGGACAGCGGUACAUCAUGAAAGAUGGCCGCCCUUUCUGCUGUGGCUGCUUUGAGUCUCUCUAUGCCGAGUACUGUGAAACAUGUGGAGAACAUAUUGGUGUUGACCAUGCUCAGAUGACCUACGAUGGGCAGCACUGGCAUGCCACAGAAGCGUGCUUUUCCUGUGCCCAGUGUAAAGCCUCUUUGUUGGGAUGUCCCUUCCUUCCCAAACAAGGUCAGAUUUAUUGCUCAAAAACCUGUAGCCUGGGUGAAGACGUCCAUGCUUCUGACUCUUCCGACUCUGCGUUCCAGUCAGCUCGAUCAAGAGACUCCAGAAGAAGUGUCCGCAUGGGCAAAAGCAGCCGGUCAGCAGAUCAGUGCAGACAGUCCCUUCUCUUGUCCCCUGCUCUGAACUAUAAGUUUCCAGGCCUUUCAGGCAAUGCUGAUGACACCCUUUCUAGGAAGCUGGAUGAUCUGAGUCUCUCCAGGCAAGGAGCAAAUUUUGCCAAUGAAGAAUUCUGGAAAGGCAGAGUAGAGCAGGAAACCCCCGAAGACCCUGAAGAAUGGGCUGAGCAUGAAGACUAUAUGACACAGCUCCUCCUCAAGUUUGGUGAUAAAAGCCUCUUUCAGCAGCAGCCCAGUGAGAUGGAUAUUAGAGCCAGUGAGCAUUGGAUAUCUGAUAACAUGGUUAAAAAUAAGACCGAGUUAAAGCAAAAUCACCAGAGCCUUGUAAGUAAAAAAUACCAAUCUGAUAUGUAUUGGGCCCAGUCACAAGAUGGACUGGGUGAUUCGGCAUAUGGCAGCCACCCAGGCCCUGCAAGCAGCAGAAGGCUCCAGGAAUUGGAUCUGGACCACGGUGCUUCAGGAUAUAAUCAUGAGCAAACACAGUGGUAUGAAGAUUCCCUGGAGUGUUUAUCAGACUUGAAACCAGAGCAAAGUGUCCGAGAUUCUAUGGAUUCUUUGGCUUUGUCUAAUAUCACAGGGGCUUCUGUGGAUGGUGAAGGCAAGCCAAGGCCGUCCUUAUAUUCUCUACAAAACUUUGAGGAGAUGGAGGCCGAUGAGUGUGAGAAAAUGAGCAAUAUGGGAACUCUGAACUCGUCCAUGUUGCACAGGAGUGCCGAGUCCUUAAAAAGUCUAAGUUCAGAGUUGUGUCCUGAAAAAAUCAUGCCUGAAGAGAAACCAGUCCAUCUGCCAGUGCUCAGAAGAUCCAAGUCUCAGUCCAGACCACAGCAGGUGAAAUUUUCGGAUGAUGUUAUUGACAAUGGAAGCUAUGACAACAUUGAAAUCCGCCAGCCGCCAAUGAGCGAAAGGACUCGGAGACGGGUCUACCAUUUUGAAGAGAGGGGAUCCAGGCCUCAUCAUCAUCGCCGCAGGAGAAGUAGAAAGUCCCGCUCUGACAAUGCCCUGAAUCUCGUCACAGAAAGGAAAUACUCCCCUAAGGACAGACUGCGGCUUUACACUCCCGAUAAUUACGAGAAAUUUAUUCAGAAUAAAAGUGCCCGGGAGAUCCAGGCGUACAUCCAGAAUGCUGAUCUGUAUGGACAGUAUACCCACGCCACCUCAGAUUACGCACUGCAGAACCCAGGCCUGAACAGGUUUCUGGGGCUGUAUGGGGAGGACGAUGACUCCUGGUGCUCCUCCUCCUCUUCCUCUUCUGACUCAGAAGAGGAAGGAUAUUUUCUCGGACAACCAAUCCCUCAGCCCCGGCCACAGAGAUUCGCUUACUAUACAGAUGACCUUUCUAGUCCAGCUUCGGCACUGCCCACCCCUCAGUUUAGUCAGAGGACAACUAAAUCCAAGAAGAAAAAGGGACACAAGGGCAAAAACUGUAUUAUUUCUUAACUGAGUAGCUGUGGAGAUCACUUGUCUAAAACUUAACCAUUAACCAUGACUUGUAUCUUUUCUCUUGCAUAGGGAAGUUAUUAAAAUAGUUUAAAGUGGCCCGUGUAAAUGAGAACCCUACUGCUGUUUACAGUGUCAGAUAACAUUUGAAAGGUGUGAGUUCUCCACUUUACCUUCGUUGAAUGGUGCCAGGUUCACAUGGUACCUUGUGUCUAUGUCAGGCACAAAGUUAUACUUUCAUAGAGCUACUUUGGUCUCCAAUCCACAAGAAAAUACUCAAGAAACUGUCACAAGGUGAUUGGACAGAGGGUGUCCAUGUUAGAAGAUGGAGAACUCCAGCCACCUUUGUAAACCAAUAGUGUUUGUCAUUAUGUAAGUCAGGUUGGCUCAGGUCCUGACUGGUCUGUCUUGUGAGGCAUGCAUGUCGUCACAAUGACCUAGCUAACACUGUGCAUUCUAUUGUGCAAGGCCACCUUGUCCCUUUCAGUCCCCAAUAGCCAGGUAAACAUUGUAUUAGUUCCAGCUACA